UCCACUGCAAGUGCAAGUGCCAACAGCAGUAGCUAGCACAGUUCAUCGACGUCGAGGCCGGCAAGGCGCCGGCGGCAAGCAAGCAAAGCAACAAUCGCCCUAAUUUAAGCUAUCAAGCCAUGGCGCCUCGCGGCCGGCUCCUCGACCUGGAGAGGCACGACGUGCUCUUCUUCUACGGCGAUGAUGGCGCCUACGACCACCACCAGAGCGACCGCGUCAGCGUGGCCACCUACGGGAUCGUCCUCUGGCCCGUCUUCCUCGUCGCCGUCCUGCUCCUCCACCUGAUCGCCCCGUUCCCGCACGCCGCUGCCGUCUGCGGGGUGCUCUACGUCGCCUACUGCUUCCUCCUCGACCGCGCAGCGCAGGCGAGCUCGUGGCCUUCCGCCACCGCUGGCAUGCCGCCGGCGGCAUGCAGAACCCUCUCGCCCGACUCUACUCGGGGCAAUGCAAUGUGGCUCCCAUGAAGUAGCUAGCUGAUGGCGAGACUUCCCACAUGCAGUAUCCGGAUAUGUAAUAUAUUCAACCAGAAGGAUUUUCCGCGCCUUGUGAAAUAUAAAUAUAUAACUUUUUUAUUAGUAUAAUCAUAAAUAUUAUAUUCAUAGUAAAUGA